AUGUCAGCUCCAGAAACCAGCCAGCCAAGCGAGCCCCUCGAAGCUGGUCCAGCUGUUGAAGAUGAUGCAGGAGAAGCGAGUCCAGCGCAAGACGAGGCACCAGCUGUACCCCGGCUGCCUCCUGACUUGGAAACGCUGAUCAGAGAGGUGUUCACCUUGUUUGAGCUCAAGGGGGGAGACAAAAAGGGAGAGGUCGAAGAAAAAGACGUCCCUACACUCAUACGUGGACUUGGUCUGAAUCCAACGGAGGCACAGCUUGAGGAGUUGCUGGCUGAGAUGCGAACCCCGGUUGCUGAUGCUCCAAAAAGCAAGGGACCACCAACAGUGACUUUCGAAAAGCUGGAGUAUGCUGUGCGGCGUGCUGUAUCACAGCGUCCAGCAGAAUUCCGGCGAACCCCGAAAGAAACGCUUCUAAAGGCUCUUCGGGCGGUCGAUACUGGGCACAAAGGCUGUUUCGAAGCGGAAGAACUAAAGAAUCUGGUCAUGUCGUCAAGCACGCACCCUUUCAGCGAGGAGGAAGCCGCGGAACUGCUCCAAGCUGCCACGGACUCUAAAACGGGGAAAGUAUACAUAGAUGACGUGGUUGAGUUACUGGGCAGAGACCGAUCUCUAGGUCUCUCAAAAAUGUUGGAGCCCGCGUCUGCAUAG